CUUCCUCAAAUCCAAGUUUCCGAUUAGGUUUCCAACAAUUUACUUCUAUGGCGGAAUCCUCGUGGUCGUGGAAUGAGAAUAAGCAAUUCGAGGACGCACUCUCUGAGGUUUCCGACAGAGGCUCCGAACGGUGGGGGAAAAUCGCCGCGAAAGUGCAGACGAAGUCGCCGGAGGAGAUCGUCAUGCACCACCUCAGGCUGGUGGAAGAUUUGAUCGCGAUCGACGCCGGACUUAUUGAGUUUCCGCAGUAUAGAGACGAGGAGGCGUUCGAGUUGCGAUCGUCGGGCGACGCGGCGGCGCAGCCGCGGAAGGCCGCCAAAGCCUGGACCGACGAUGAACACAAUUUAUUUUUGGAUGGACUGAAAAAAUAUGGAAAAGGUGAUUGGAAAAGCAUAUCAAGGCUAGCCGUUAAAACGAGAAGCCCGGCACAGGUAGCGAGCCAUGCCCAAAAAUACUUUGAGCGCCAAGAAAAGUUGGAUCAAGACAAGAAGAGGCGGAGCAUAUUCGAUAAAUCCAUCCAAAGUUGAUUAAUUAGUUUAGUCCAAAAAACCUUUAAUAUGUAAAUAGUUUUUUAGUUGUGUUUCUUUGAGACUUUCGGGUGUGUUU